AUGAAUCUUUUUUAUUUGAACAUUUUCGACAUUAAUGCGACAAAUGUGGUUUGCCCCUUGUGGCAAAGGAAUGGCCCAGAGCCCCAAGUGAUAGGACACACCUGGACUCGAACCAGGGUUGCAAGGGAGACAGUCUCGAGUGGUGUCAUGUUCAAAUUCAAACACUCGAUAGAGUUGCGAUAG